UUUGAAUUGAAUAUAUUACUUCAAGUGUUCAAACAUUAAAAUUAAUAGGAGUAUGUGACAGGCCAUGGAGAUAUUGUCCGAUAACUAUAACAAAGGUAGGCAGUUGCAAAGGACCUUUUCUCCGCCUUAGGAAGUAAGAAACUGCUCUGCUUGGUCCGACUGGCCAAGGGCAGAACUUCUCCACGUUUGCAAGCUGUUUGCAGCAGCACCAUGAGCACCAACCCGUCCCCCGCGGCAUCCGAGCAGCUCUGCUACCAGAACGUGACCGGAUCCUGCGCGAAAGCCCCCUACUCGCCCGGACCCCGGCUCAUUCUCUACACACUGUUCAGCUUGGCGGCUGUGCUGGCCGUUUUUGGAAACCUCCUGGUGGUGAUUUCAAUCCUGCAUUUCAAGCAGCUGCACUCGCCAACCAAUUUUCUCAUCGCCUCUCUGGCCUGCGCUGACUUUCUGGUGGGGGUGACCGUCAUGCCCUUCAGCAUGGUCAGGUCUGUGGAGGGCUGCUGGUACUUUGGGGCCAGCUUUUGUAGCCUGCACAGUUGCUUCGAUGUGGCGUUUUGUUACUCUUCUCUCUUCCAUCUGUGUUUCAUCUCCAUCGACAGGUACAUCGCUGUUACUGAGCCUCUGGUCUAUCCCACCAAGUUCACGGUGUCCGUGUCGGGGACAUGCAUCGGCAUCUCCUGGAUCCUGCCCCUUGUAUACAGUGGUGCCGUGUUCUUCACAGGUGUUCAUGAUGACGGGCUGGAGGAAUUAGUGAGUGCCCUCAGCUGCGUAGGCGGUUGUCGGCCACUUAUAAAUCAAUUUUGGAUUUUGAUAGAUUUGCUAUUAUUUGUCACACCUACUUUUGUAAUGAUGGUGCUGUACAGUAAUAUUUUUCUUGUGGCUAGAAAACAGGCUAUAAAGAUUGAAAACAUUGGUAGCAAAACAGAAGCAUCAGGGACAUACAAAACCAGGGUGAGUAAGAGAGAGAGAAAAGCAGCUAAAACCCUGGGUAUCACGGUGGUAGCAUUUUUGAUCUCCUGGUUACCGUACAUGAUUGAUUCACUCAUUGAUUCUUUUGGGGGGUUUGUAACACCUUCUUAUGUCUAUGAGAUACUUUGCUGGUUCGCUUAUUAUAACUCUGCUGUAAAUCCUUUGAUCUAUGCUUUAUUUUAUCCUUGGUUUAGGAGAGCAAUAAAACUCAUUAUAAGUGGUCAAGCAUUAAGAGUAGACAGUUCAUCAACUAUGAAUUUGUUUUCUAAAAAACCCUAAAUUUCAAAUUGAGGAAUUUAUUGAUAUAUUGGGAAUUUAAUGACCCAGUAAAUUGAGGAGGAAAAAUGGUACCUCAAUUUCAGGGGCAUAACUUUUCUGCUUCGUUUUUGUGGUGAACUAAACAUCUUCAAGUAUUUGACAGAAAUGUGCUUACUAAACAAUGGUUGACCCAGAGUUUAUAUUUCCCAGUUUCUCCAAAUCUGUGUACUUCCCUGCUUUGUCGGUUCUUUACUUAUGUUUCAUGUCCAGGCCUCCCUUUCAACCUUGUCUUUAAGCCGCUUUCAAAGGUUUCCAGUGAAAUCUUGCCCAUCCCUGUCUUCUCUGGACUCCGUGUGCUUGGCUUCCAUUUUAAGCUGUUUGUUUCUUGGGGGCCCAUCUUUCUGUAGCUCCUGGAGAUCUCCGAGCCAUACACAUCGGUCACUCCAGACUCAGAGCCAGACUCAUAUUUUAUAUCGUUGGAGACAUUUUGUGGAAUAAUUAUGAGCAGACCUUGUAAAAUGCGUACCAGAGAU